CUGGGGAAGAAAUUUGAAAGGUUGUUGCUUUGACGAUAACUGUUAUCCGAAUUAACUACCUGUAAGGAGAAGCAUUUCAAUCUCCGUACCUUUUACUGCGCAAUGUCUACAGGGAGCGCGGAAAUGGAUACAAAGGAACUUAGGAAGUUAAUUGAAGAUAAGGCAAACGACGCAAUAGAAAGAAUACAAACAUAUCGCGAUACAUAUCGAAGAGAGAUGGCUGAGUGUAAGCAGUUUGUGAUCGAUAAAGUAUCUACGUUCUUUGCUGAUUUAGAAGCACGAAGUCAAAAACAAGAAAUCAUGGACGACGAAAUAAUUCAGGGGCUUAUAGUAGAACUCAUGGAACAACUCGAAAACAUAGAUACACUUUUGAGUGAAAUUCAUAUGUGUAGAGAUACACUUUCAAAACUAAACGAGAUGUUAACUGGAAAAGAUGCUUUUAACUGAAUUACACUGUUGUAAAUCUCUA